GAAAUGUUGUAUAAUUUAAUGUUAAACUAUAUAUAUUUUUAAAAUGACAUUCAAUUCCAUUGAGUAACCAGCUGGUAACGUUAUAAAUAUAUGAUCCGGAAAAAACUGGCAGUAAUAUGCGACAGAGUGCAUGUCCAAAAAAUAAUUAUCAUCUGAUUGUUACUUUUAACAAUGAUUGGACUGCAGCGUCUGUGUAGUGUACCUCUGCGUCACACCGGUCUGCUUUUCUCAGGUAGUAAAAGAGGUCAAAACCUGGCGACAAAGACACGGGUCUUUGUACAAAGCUGUACUAUGUCCACAGUCAAACUUUUCAAACAUAUUGAUGAGAAUCAAGAGAAAUACAUAAAGAGGCUUGCAGAUACAGUGGCGAUCAAAAGUGUGUCAGCAUGGCCAGAAUCAAGAACUGACAUCCUAACUAUGCAGGAAUGGGUUAAGGCGGAGUUUGGAAAAUUUGGAGCAAAGACAGAGUUGGUUGAUGUUGGAACACAGACUUUAUCCGAUGGGUCCGUAAUUCCUCUCCCUCCAAUACUUUUAGGAACCCUUGGAAAUGACCCCCAAAAGAAGACUCUAUUGGUGUAUGGACAUAUGGACGUACAGCCUGCCUUAAAGGAUGAUGGCUGGGAUUCAGAACCAUUUAUUCUAACAGAAAGGGACGGCAAAUUGUACGGCAGAGGAAGUACAGAUGACAAGGGACCAGUGUUGGCUUGGUUGAACUGUAUUGAGGCCAUGCAGGAAAUUGGAAUGGAGAUUCCUGUCAAUCUUAAAUUCAUAAUAGAAGGGAUGGAGGAGUCGGGCUCAGAAGGUCUAGAUGAUUUGGUGUUUUCUUUAAAAGACACCUUCUUAAAGGGUGUGGACUAUGUGUGUAUCUCGGACAACUACUGGCUAGGCAAGAAGAAGCCCUGUUUAACCUAUGGUCUCAGGGGCAUAUGUUACUUUUUUGUGGAGGUGGAGAGUUCUACAAAGGAUCUUCACUCUGGUUUAUUCGGGGGCUCAAUCUAUGAAGGAAUGGCUGACCUUAUUGCACUCCUGGACACUCUGGUUGACAACAAAGGUCGGAUCCUGAUCCCAGGGAUUUAUGACUCUGUGGCCAAACUGACGGAGGAGGAAAAAAAGCUGUACGAACCCAUCGACUUUGAUCUUGAGGAGUAUAAAAAAGAUGUUGGAGUGACAGCGUUAAUCCACGAUAAGAAGGAGGACAUAUUGAUGCAUCGUUGGAGGUACCCAUCUCUCUCCAUUCACGGAAUAGAGGGAGCUUUCAGUGAAUCUGGAUCCAAAACAGUCAUUCCAAGGAAGGUGAUUGGAAAGUUCUCAGUACGACUCGUCCCUGAUCAGCAACCAGAGGAAAUCAGGCGAUUGGUCACCCAACAUCUACAGCAAAAGUUUAAAGAGAGGAACAGCCCAAACAAACUCAGGAUAUCAAUUGAAGGGGAAGGAGGGAAGCCCUGGGUCAGUGACUUUAAUGAUUCCAACUACAUAGCUGGCAGAAACGCAAUGACAACAGUUUUCGGAGUUGAGCCUGAUCUGACUCGAGAAGGUGGAAGCAUUCCUGUGACCCUUACUUUACAAGAUGCAACGGGAAAAAGUGUGUUGUUACUUCCCAUAGGAGCGUCGGAUGAUGGGGCGCAUUCUCAGAAUGAGAAGAUUGACAGAAUUAACUACAUCAAUUCGUCUAAAGUCAUGGGUGCCUACAUGAUGGAAUUAGCUAAACUCUGAUGAAGAAUUACUUGUUUCUAUAUUGAUACAAACUGUUGUUAUCUAAAUAAUGCAUAAUUAUUACGGUAUAAUUUAUGCAUUUUUAUGCAUGUUUAUGCAUGUAUUAAUGUGUGUGCCAUAUGAAUAGUCAGCAAUCUUGCAGGGUUGACCAUUCCAUGCUAUACUCAGUGAUAUUGAUACAUGGAAUCUUAACAUAUGUUUUUAAGAAUAUGAAGAAAUGCAUUUUAUACAAAGUACUGUUAAUAGUUUGUCCCUGAAUGUAUACAUGUACAUGAAAUUAAAAAAAAAACCAACACAUGCACAAAAAUAUAAGAAUCUCAGGUUUUGUUAACUUGAUCAUAGAUUUUCCUCAGGCAAUUAGUAUCCAUAAGCUCUUUUUUCUGUGAAUGAACAGGCUCUGUUUUUCAUGUAAACUGACUGAAUAUAUACAUACAUUGUUUUACCGGUAUUUUUGAUAUUGUAUAGGUCAUUUUGACCUUUGCACUCAUUGUUUCUAUUUAAUGGUAUUUUGGAUUGUUUACAAUUGUAUUAUUUUUGUUUGCUCCUAUUACAAAAUUUAUUUAGAAAAAAAUGAUCAUUUUCUCAGUCAGUUAUAACUCAGGACUGAUCACUCAAAGAUCUGAACUUUAUGUAGUGUGUACAUAUUUAUAGUGAAUCAAUUUUCUUGGUAGAAUUUAUCUUUAAUUAUAUUAGAUGUGAUCAGGAUAUACUAAUGUACAUUUUACUACAAAAAGACAUUUUAUUGAAUGAAGUUAUUGCUUGUAGUUUUUGUCAAAUAUUUAACAUUCUUAGCUCACCUGAGUGGAAUGUCAUUGUUGCUUUUAUAUGAUAAACAGUGAUGCUUAACAAUAACAUGUAAAGUGUCACAGUUUGUUCAUAUUUUGAUAUGAUAUUUAGUAACUGGAGUAAUUUCAAGAUACUUUUUGUCAGGGUUAGGUUCUAAUUUAGGGAUAGCAUGAAAAUGUAAUGUUGAGUGAAAGGUAAAUUCUUAUAAACAGAUAAUAAGAGAAAUGCUAUUGAUGCAAAUAUGUAUAUUAUCUAAAAUUAAACAAUCUUGAAAGCUACUCAAAUAAAACGAGUAUAAUGUUCAUUGUAAUAGUUUUUGCUUUAUAAACAGAAUGAAGUUAAUAAAAAAAGUAAGUUUUAGCUCACCUGAACUGAAUGUUUUUUGAUCACCUAAUGUCCGUCUGUCUGUCCAUCUGUAAAUACACAUUUUUAAAUUCUUCUCUAGACCCACUGGGCCAAAUUUAAUUAAACUUGGUACAAAGCAUUCUUAUGAGAAAGGGAAUCUAAAAUAAAGGGUUAAAUCCUUUAUAAAUGGGAGA